UUAUUUCACUCCCUCCAAGGUUUCCCUUUUGUGGAAGAUAAUUAUCUCAGGUUUUAGACGGAAAUAUUUAGCAGCAUUAAACCUUUCUUAAGAACAACAACAACUUGGUAGCCCGCUACAACAACAACAAAAAUGGCUGCUAGGACAGUUUGGCAGCAAUGUGGGCGCAUGCAGCCAAUGCUGAGCCAGUUGUCACGGAAACCAACAGCUGUUAUUGGUACCCAGUCUCGUGACCUAAAUGUUGUUAACAAACGGAAGGAAAACAAUAAAGAAGAAAAAAGCCUCAUGGUGAUACCAAACAGAAGUGUUAUGUCUCCUCCAGAUGUUAAAAUGAAGAAAUACUCACCAUUUCCAGCUACAAUAAAAGACAACAAAAUAGAUUAUGCUCUUGCCAAAGUUGAUGACCUUGUAAAUUGGUCAAGAAAGGGAUCAUUAUGGCCCUUGUCAUUUGGUUUGGCAUGCUGUGCUGUAGAGAUGAUGCAUUUUGCUGCACCACGAUACGACAUGGAUCGUCUUGGUGUCGUAUUUCGAGCCACUCCACGUCAAUCAGAUUGUAUUAUUGUUGCUGGGACAGUUACAAACAAAAUGGCACCUGCUUUAAGAAGAAUAUAUGAUCAAUUAUUGUCACCUAAAUGGGUAAUCUCAAUGGGAAGCUGUGCUAAUGGUGGAGGGUACUAUCAUUAUUCGUACUCUGUUUUGAGAGGCUGUGAUAGAGUUAUACCUGUCGAUAUAUAUGUACCAGGUUGUCCACCGUCAGCUGAAGCUCUUACCUAUGGAAUCUUACAGUUACAGAAAAAGAUCAAGUAUCAAAAUAAAACACAGUCCUAUUUCCGACAAUAGUCUCUACAAAAAAUAAACAAUGAUGUGAAUUCAAUGUGCUGUAUAGUUAUAGUAUACAGUUUAAGUUACUAACUUACGUUAUGAGCAUACAGUAUUUGCUGUGAGAAAGGAUGUUAAUUAUUUAAAUAUACUUUUUUUUAUUAAAGCUUAUAGAAUAGAAUCACCUUUCUAUGUAAGUGGAUUGAAAUUAUAAGGUCAAAUGACAUAAUUAUAUUUCCAAAACAACAUUGUUAGCUGUGCAUUUCUUGGACUUUGGUAAAAUGUUUUUUUUUAUGUCCUGAAUUUGUUUUUAAUAAAUGAUAUAUAAAAUGUA